AUAUUCCAAAUAUCGAUACUGUGUCGCCCAUCACUACUUCAAACACCUGAAUAGAAAAAAGAAUAAUUUAAAAAGAACUUUUGUUCUGUACAAAUAGAUCAUUUAUAAAGAGAUUUAUAAAGAUAAAGAGAUACUUAUAAAAUUUUUAAUAUAUUUUCAUAAUCAUAAAUGCAUCCUGUAAAGAGAUUAUUAAGGGUAAUUAAUCCACAUCGCAAGCAUUGUUUAAAUAAAUGUUUAACCUCUAAAGCAUCGGAAAAUGAAGAGAUUGAAGUUCAAAAAGAGCAGAAUAUUAUGAUCAAUUAUUAUGAUAAAAUUACUACAAUCGGUAUAAAUCGUCCAGAGAAGAAGAACUGUUUAAAUACUGUGACUGCACAAGAACUGUCAGAGGAGUUGGAUAAAUUUGAUAAUGAUGAGAAUUCUGUAGUAGCUGUACUUCACGGUGUUGGAGGAAAUUUUUGUAGCGGUUAUGAUCUUGAAGAAAUUGCACAGUAUAAUGGAAAGAAUGAAGAAAUUUUACCACAGUUUGGUUCAUUGGGUAAUAGGAUUGAAUUAAGUAAAAAACCUUUAAUUGCUGCUAUAGAUGGGUAUGCUUUAGGUGUAGGAUUUGAACUUGCUUUAAUGUGUGAUUUAAGAGUAAUGGAAGAAAGUGCUAUGUUAGGAUUUGUAAAUAGACGUUUUGGUAUUCCGAUAUUAUCUGGUGGCACUGUUAGAUUACCAGCCUUAAUUGGUUAUUCAAGAGCAAUGGAUCUGAUCUUAACAGGUCGAAUUAUCGGCGCAAAAGAAGCGUUUUCGUGGGGUUUAAUUAACCGAUACACGUGCGAGGGUACAGCAUUAGGUGAUGCAUUGAAUCUUGCAAAAUCACUUGUUAAGUUUUCUCAAAAAACACUGCUCGCAGAUCGUGCUUCUGCGCACUUUGCCACGUUUUCUGCUAAACAACUAGAAGAAGCUUUACAGUUUGAAAAAGACCACGCAUCUCAUUUAUUAUUUGAAGAAGGUGUUAAAGGAGCAAAAAGGUUUAUUACAGAAGGGAUAGGAAAGCAUGGAAAAUUUUUAGAUAUAACAAAAGCGAAUACAGAGUUUAGGGAAUUAGAUAAAAAUCUCUUAUAAAAAUUGUAUGUAUGUAUGUUUCCUUUUCAAAAGAGAAGAGAUCUGUACAGAGAUUCUAUGACGAAUGUACAUAAUAUACUUAAGUUUCAAUUAAAACUUUGGUACAAAAUCAAA